CAGGACAGGGUGUCAAAGGACCCUUUGUGACGUGUGGUGAUAUAAGAGCCGGCGGUGACACGGCCACGGCACAGUGCUCGGAGCACGCGACGGGACAGGACGGGACAGAGCGGUGCCGUGAGGAGCCCCCGCACAGCGCACUCCUUCCUGCCUGACCCGGAGCUUUUCUCAGAGUUACUCCUGCAGGUGACCUUGAGGCUCGACCUCAGGACUUGGUUACCUGUGGCCUUCUUGAGGUUUCUAUUUUGCAGGUGCCCUUGAGGGGAGUCCGUGGGACUUUGUGCCCUGCAGCUUUUUGAGGCAUCUUCCACCCCUGCAGCAGGUGCCCUCGAGACCAGACUGAGGGAUUUGCUGACCACAGUCCUUGACAAGGAGUCUCCUGUCCUUGUGGCAGGAGUCCUCCAGACCAGACAACAGGACCUGCUGUCCUGUAGUCCUCCCAGGACAUUAGUCUUGCAGGAGCCUUCCAGGUUCGACUGCAGGACUUGCUGACUUGGAGCUUUUCUGAGCUAUCUCUCCUGAUAGUCAGUGACAAGGAGCAGAGACCCCCAAAGGUUCCCAAGGUGACCUGGGAGAACGAGAAGGAAGAAAGCCUAGGAGCUGUCUGAGCACAGGCGACUGAAGAGGUGGUGCCGUUCCAGCCAGCGCAGGAGGGUGCAGCCAUGGACCGCACACAAGAGCAGGACCCCACCCGUGGCCGCUUCCGCAGAACAGCACAGCUGGUUUGCAAAUUCAUGAAGAGAAUUCAGGAAGAAGAGACCGUGGGCACUGCGGUCAGACCAUAUCCACAUAUCUUCAAAACUAAGACUAGUGCUGCCCUGCUGGAUAUGCUUGUAGAAGAGGGUUUGCCCAGUCCAAAGCAAGUGCCUGCCAUGGUGAGGUUCAUCCACCAGUGGCUCAUGGCCAAUGAGUCUGAUGGGCACAGGCUGGACAGGACCCUGCUGGAUCUCACCGAGGCACAGCCCACUGAUGUGGUGAUGAGUCUCCUGCGUGUGGCCCCAUCGUGUGACAGAGCUGCUAUGGCCAUGUGGAAGACAAUCUUGUGCUCACCCAGGACUGCAGAGUUCGUGCAGCUAAGACUCCUGGAUGUGCUGGGGAGCUGGCCAGAGCACAGCACAUGCACCUCCGAUGGGGACACAACGAGAGUCUUAUCCCUGGCUGCAACUGUGGUGAUGUGGAAGAUCCUCCAGGAACCCUAUGUCCCACAUGUACUGAUAUUAUUUUUCCCCCGCCUAUUUGUGCAUCUGCUCUUCCAAGCGUACUUCAGCACUCUGGAUACACCAGAGGAGGUGGAUAAAUUCUGGAAGAGAUGCCAGGAACAACACAGCCUCGCUGCCAGCCCAAACAGGUUUGCAGUGCAGACCCUGAAGUCUCUGCUCUGCCAAAUGCAGUGUGAGGAUGUGGUGAAGAUAAUGGAACGCUACUAUGGCUGGGACACGCUGCUGUGUGCUGACACCCAGCACUAUGCCGUGGGUCUGCUGGCCAGGGAGAUGUCAUUUGUCUCCCUACCAUUGUGUUCGCGGAUCUUUUGCUACCUGCUCCAGCUUCUCAGCACACGGGAGCCACGCUGGGACCUGCCUGCCCUGGCAUUCCUUGUGGAGGUCCUGGAGUACUUGGAAUUGAGUGAAGACAGUGCUAACACAAUUCUGCAGAUCUUGCCACGGCACCUGCAGAGCGAGUGCAGGGAGAGGCGAUGCCUGGCGCUCAGGGCCCUUCUCAAGCUCAGUGACGAUCCCUCGCUGGCCGAAAAAAUGUGCAGCCUGACUGAAAGUCUUGUGGAGCUCCUGCGGGACACAGAUGGAGAGAUAAUUACAAUGACAGUGAUGCUACUCAGCUUCAUAGUGUUGGAAAAUGACAUGCUGAUACCCAGCCCCACCACCCUGCACCUGGUGGAGGCGCUCCUGCCACUCUUUGACCACGAUAAUAGCCAGGUGCAACUGGUGUCCGUAUUGCUCUUCCGAACAUCAGUGGUUCUUCUAAUGGAAAAAGAAAAAAAGGCUCUGAAGACAUACGUGCAGCAGAGCCUGCUACCACUCUUCUUCCACUGCCAUGAUAUAAAUCAGCGUGUGGCAGAGGCCUCUCAGGAAACACUGGUUUGUGUGACCAAGUUCCUGAAGAAGAGGGAUCUUGAAAAUCUGGUGAAGAAGGAACAGCUGUGGAUGUUCGCCGAGUGCCUGCUGGCAGAGGACAGGAGCCGAGCGGCCGAGCACCUGCGCCAGGCCCUGCGGUACCUGCGGAGCCCACAGGAGCCCCUGCGAGAGGCGGCCGUCAGGUUCACGGGGAUGGCCGGGCGGUGCCUGAGGGGGCAGCAGGACGAGCUGCAGGUGCUCAGUGAGGCCUUGGAUGACAUGGCACAUGACAGCAGCAUUGCCAUCCGAAGCCUGGCAGUUCAAACAUCGUAUGUCCUCAGGGCAGUACAGACAAGUGAAUAUUCCAUUUUUGAUGACCUGCAAGAUCACCUUCGCUGGGCAUGGAGGACACGGCCUCAUCUGUUGGGCCUCAGCUGCCUGCGCUGCUGGAGAUCUGCAGAGAGCUGAUCUGGGAGGCUCUGUCUGAUGGGGCCUCCCGAGCCAGCAGGGAUUUUCUUUUUCGUCAAGAUUCUUCUUUUCUUCUUUUGGUUUUUCUGUAGUAUGGUGUCAGGGUUUGACUUGGGUUUGCCAAUUUUAAUAUAUUUAAUUUCUUUAGAGAUAGGAUUUAGGAGCAAAGACAAGGCAGGCUUAAAACUUAAAAGGGUAUAAGUAGAAAUUUAUUAAUAACACAAAAAAAUUUCAGAAUAAGAUUUCCAGACCAUUCCCUUCCUCCCCCUACCCCCAUCCCACACAUCUCUUAACAGCAACAUACAGAGAACACUUCAGUCAGUUAUCCACUCAAACCGUCAUUUCAGUUCACUCUAGAGAGAAAAGUUCCUUUUUGUUUGGUUUAGGCUGAGGGGGUGUCUUCACAUUCAUAAUUUGCGUCCGCCUGGGAAAUACUGCAGAUUAUGACUUCCUCUCAUCUCCACAGUCCUUCCAGAGCUGUGUUAUGGGUUAUGUUACACACUUGGGGUACUACUUUUAAAGGCAGGCUGCUGAAAGACAAAAUUCUCUUCAUCUCUUUUUCUAUUAAAUGUUUCUGUCCAUAUUUCCAGUCCCGAAACAGAGAGCCCCAUUUCCUUGAGGCAAAAAGGUCCUCUUUUUUCAAGCACUUUAACCUCCCCAAGUAUAUUUCACAGUUUAAAGGAAUUUUAGUUUAGUCACAGUCCCCUUAUAGCCCACAAAAAAGGUUUUCAGCUCCUUAUCAAUGGCAUCUCUUCAAUCUCUUCCCAUCUGGAAACUUAAGUUCAUUUUGCUCACUUAAGUAGACUUAGUGAUUUAUGCUUUUUCAUCCGGGGAGCUCAGGAGAUCUAGAGUCUUAUCCAGGCAUUAAAAGGGUUAAACUUCAUCCAGAAAGCGAAGGAGCUGAACCAAGCCACACUGCGAAAAACGUGGCCGCAGGGACCAUGUGGAAAAAAAAAAGCUGGACUUCUUUCUGCUGCAUGGUCAGCUGGAGGCCUCUCCUCUUAGAACAGGGAAGAAAGGAGAGGGCUUCGGUGGCUCCCCCAUCCCCUGCUCGGCCAUGCCGCAUGGAAAAACAAAACCGGGCUAAGACGAGCCCCAAGCCGGGGCCACAGCCACCUCACCUCCAGGGAGGCCGGAAGCCAAAAGAGACCAAUUUAGCUUUACCAAUGUGAUUUGUGAAAGCGAAAUAACUUUUUAAUUGGUUACCCGAGCUGUCCACUACUAAAUCAGCUCCCUGAUUGCAGCUCACAGAGGAAGUCCCCAGAGAGGGGACAGCCCUCCUGUUUGCGGGCUCUGUGCUGCUCCCCUCACCACCCCUCCAUGUGAAACCAGCACAUAUGCAAAUAUAGGAUGUGUUAUAAUACACAG